AUGUCAUCAUUCAAACGGAAAAGAGACCAUGAACAACUUUCACCAUAUACUAUAUACGGAACACCCUUGCCGAAUAUCGACGAUAGCCGCGACGACGGCUCUUUUGUACCGGUAUGGAAACAAGAUGCUGUUGAUGAGCAGGGUCGGAAGCGUUUUCACGGUGCUUUCACCGGAGGAUACAGCGCUGGUUACUUCAACACAGUAGGCUCAAAAGAAGGAUGGACGCCCUCAACCUUUACCUCAUCGCGGACAAACCGUCGCAAAGAUGCACAAGUCGCUCGCCCCGAAGACUUCAUGGAUGACGAGGAUCGUGCAGCUGCAGCAGAAGCCCGAAAACUCCAGACUCAAACCGAUUUCGCUGGGUUGGGCUCCACCAGCCAGGAUCAGAUGCGUCGCAGCCUAAUGAGCGACCUGUUCAGACCAACAGGAGAGACUAUGGGCGUGAAGCUUCUGCAGAAGAUGGGUUGGAGACAGGGACAGGGCGUCGGACCCAAGGUCAGGAGGAAAGCACGUAUCGAUGACUCUGCUGGCGCUGCGUCUGGCGACGAGACACACCUUUUCGCGCCUGAUAACUCGCGCAUGGUAGCUUUCAAUCGCAAGAAAGAUCGAUUUGGUCUGGGUUACACCGCGGAAGAGCGUUUGGGUCAAGACAGAUCUACCUAUCAACGAGACAAUGGAGAAGAAGACGACUCUGAGCAGUUCAGCCGACCCACGAAAUCCAAAUCGAAAGUGAAGCGUACCGGAUUUGGCGUCGGCGUCCUAAACGAUACCGGCUCAGAUGAGGAAGAUCCUUAUGACAUGGGCCCGAAAAUAUCCUACAAUCGCAUCAUCAGCGGUGAUCGAAAGAAAAAGAAAGGUGGUAUCCUUGCAACUACAGCCAACCCUGCUUUCAGUGGGUUAAAACAACCUACGUUCUUGUCCAAAAAGCUAGGUCAGAAACACAGCAAUGGUUUCAGGAAAUGUCAUGACGGUCGUCUUCCACUCGAUGGCUUCGUACUGGCAUCUUCUCUUGUGUUGACCAGUCAAGAGAACAAGUAUCCGCCUCCCGACAUACCUCAAGGAUGGGAGCCGAACAAAGUUGCUACGGCGACCAAUCUUGAUCAGUCGACUCAUCUAUCUACCGCCGAUGCCGCUCGUGUCUCCACUAUGGAUCCUGCGAAAAGAGCAGCCGUACUAGGAGAAGAGCAGCUUCCUGGGAAGUCCAUAUUCGAUUUCAUGAGUCAAGCGGCACGCGACAGGCUUGCAACGGCCACAGGUAGAUCAAAUCUUCCAAUGGCUCGCGGAGAAUCCGCUCCUGAAGGCUGGCAAAGAUCGGAGGCUGACAAACAGAGGUCUUUGUGGGACUUGGUACCCAAGUUGGACAGUUCAGUCGCAGCUUCGGCAUUGCAACGCGGUAGUAGUGGCUGGAUGCCAUACGCAGAAGACGAAGCCAAACGAGCUCGGUAUCGUUCGUUUCUUGAGUCUUGCAGCGGACAGCGUGAUGCACUACCUGAGCGUGUCAAGGGUUCGUCUAUUGAUGAGUGGACAAAAGAGAUGCGUGAGUUUGCACAAGCGGCAGAGGUCUUCAAACCAAUCUCUGGUCUCAUGGCAUCACGUUUUACCAGUUCGUCAUCGGCACCCCGACUUGCUACAGAUGUGGUGCCGUCAAGUUCUGAACAACCCACAAAGCCCGAAGAUCCUGCUGAAGCCGCUGCGAAGAUUGGCAUGUUUGGUCCAAUGACUCGCACGCGUAUUCAAUUCUAUCCAACUCGUCUUCUUUGCAAACGAUUCAACGUUAGAGCACCGGCCCACGCGGACCCAGGUCAUGGCCCUACUGGUGAUGAAAGUGCUGUCCUAGACAGCAGACUUGACGUGGUUUCUCAGCACAAGAUGGAUCAAAUGAUGCGCGAGACAUGGUCACGGCCUCCGAAUGUCUCCGAAACAAGUAACGUCACUUCCUCAGCAAAGCCAGUUGAAUCCCAAGCCAGAUCACAGGUAGAUGUUGAAGUCAACGAAGCCAUCGAAGCGGAACGACCCGGCGAUGCUGUCUUCAAGGCGAUCUUUGGCAGUGACAGCGAGGAUGAUUAG